AUGUGUUUCUACCGCGCCACCGUGUACGAGUGCAAGCACAACGAACUCGGCAAGAAGGUUACAAUCUGCAAGUUGCAGAGAGACCUCCUCAAGUACACGGAAGAUAACGCCAAAACCACAUGCAUCGAGCGCCGUGUGCACUCCAUGAACUGCGUCCGGAAGGCUAGAGUGUGCGACAAGUGCCAGCGUCUCGACACCCUCAAAGGCCGCACGCAGGAAGCCUUGGACAGCUUGAAGGAAACCCUGAUAAAGGGCAAGUUUGUCGAUGACGAUUCCGAGGAGUGCAACACCAAAGCUCUCGAGGACUUUGAGGCUGUCGAAAUCCCCAAGAUUGGACUUGAGUCCUCUGACGACGAUAGCAUUGAAGCUCAUGAGACCUUUGAAGUCGUCGAGACUUCCAAGCUUGGUUUGAUCUCUGACGAACCCGAUGAUGAAGAUGCUAGUUCAUCGAAGGCAGAGACGUCUAUGGCCCCCGAGACCUCAGAGAUUCGGAAUACCUCCGAGGCUUCCAACGAAACGGUUGAAACUACUGACACAAGCAAGAACCUCGCCGAAGACGCCGAUACAGAGCCCCAUGACUGUUCGUUUUGA